AUGUUUUUUUUUUUUUUUUUGUUCUUCGUUGAAGUCUUUUUGAUUGUGUGUGGAACUAUUUUUAGGAGCCACACGAGGCAGAUGAGGCCGGCACAGCCGAGUGGUAGGGUAACGGCAUCAAAUGGAAGCUGCAUUAAUUUGUUUACGCAAGAAGCACAGCGAUAUUCCUCAAAGACGAGUCGUAUGUUUUUCGCUCAUGCAUCUUUGGCAGGGGCGUUUGGAGCACUCUCCGCCGUGGUGGGAAAACUUGCAGUGACGAAGGACAGCGAUAGUUUGUUGUUCGUGGCGCUCGCAUCGUUUUUUUCAAGGGGGGAAUUGCGUGACGCUGAGUUGCAGUGGGUUGGUGUGGUUACGCUUGUUAUUCGGGUGCUGUUGUUUGCCUCAAACAUCUUCUUCACGGCACAGAUGUGGCGUUGGCAUCUUAAGGCCCUGUCGUGCGGCCCCACACCGGUCUGUCAAAUUGUGAACACAGGGAUGAACUUUGCGGUGAGUGCCUUUUUUGGUCUGUUUGUCUUCCGCGAGGAAAUAAGUGCGAUGUGGGCGGUGGGUGCCCUUCUCGUCGCUAUCGGGCUUGCGCUGGUGGUCUCGGAUGCGGACGCCUUUGCGCACCGAAACUAG